AUGAAAAUGGUGAAAGAUAGCAGCUCUAGGCAGGUGACCUUCUCCAAGAGAAGGACCGGUCUGUUUAAGAAAGCAAAUGAGCUUGCUACUCUGUGUGGAGCUGAGAUUGGUCUCAUUGUUUUCUCCCCUGGAGGCAAGCCCUUCUCAUUUGGGCACCCAAAUGUGGAGUCAAUUGCUGACAGGUUUCUAAAUCAGGAGGUCUCAAAAUCAAAAGCUGGUUCUUCAAAUUCAAAGAAUGAUGAAACAGUGGAGAGGCUUAGCCAACAACUUGAUGACCUGAACAAGAAGUUGGAGGCUGAGAAGAAAAGGGGACAUAUGCUUGACAAGGCAAUACUGAAAGCAAAGGGUUUGCCCCUCAAGAGCAAGGCACCAAAUGUUCGUGAGCUGAGCCAGGCAGAUCUUCAAAAAAUGAAGGAGUCUCUGGAACAGCUGCGCGAGAAGGUGAAAGCCAGGGCCUGUGAGAUGGAGGCAUCAUCUUCAUUGCUGCUCCUGGCAAACGAGCCUGAUGUAGAGACUGAUAGGACUGUUGCUAAAAAUGAGUGA